AUGGCUGAUGACCAGCAACAGGAACAAAUUCAGCGGCCAUCCGUUUCAUCGGAACAGUCGGCUACAAACAGCGAUAUGGUCCAAAGCGUCCGCGAACUGAUGUACAAGGACAAAAACACGGUGCUGGUUAAAGCGAUAGAGUUGCUCGUCCUGAAUCUCCAGCAGCAGCAAGUAAUAAUGAUGCUGAAGCAAACUCUACAAAAAGCGAUCGACCAGAACCAACAAAUGCUGAAAGAUUUGCAUGAUCAGCCAGUGAUGGAAUCAUUAAUGAGCAACAUAGAAGCUCAGAAUCAUUCCACCCGAAAGCAACUGGGCGACAAAGUGGAGUCCAUUAAUAUGCACAUGAAAUCCAACGAGGUGCUUCGCAAGCAGUUGAAAAAAGAAAUUUCGGGUUUUCGUUCAGGCAUUGAAGAUGCGAAGAGACAAAUUCAAGAGAAGGAGGAAAUAGGGAAAAUCCUUCACCAAGCGCAUGUUGAGAUAAUGGAUCGCAUCGAGGAGGUAGGCAAACAGUUGCGUUCGGUAUCCUCGGAACGCGCUAAACUACAUGAAGAACAUAUAGAAAAAAUGGAGAAACUCAAAAGGAUGCGUUCUAGCUACGAAGGGACCAUUAAAGGGAUGCAGGCGGAACUUAUGGAAUGGGCAAAUGUGCUUCAACAACGUGUGGAAGAGCUAGCUAUCAUAAAGCAGCAAAUUACUGAGAAUGAUAAUGCCUACCGUCAAAUGCAGCUGGAGAAACACGAUUUCGAGAACCUAAGCGAUGAGCUGAAGCAAAAAUUGCAAACAGAGAAAAUCAAGCUGGAAGAAUCUUUUGCAGCAGAAAAGAAUCAGAUUGAUCAACUGUACUUCAAUAAGGCGGAUGAGUAUAAAAACAAAAUUGAAGAACUCAACCAAACACUCGACAGCUUGACAAACACUAAAGAACAGCUGUCGGAAUGUAUUGCAGAAUUGGACGUCGCCAUAAGUCGAAUGGUUGAAGAGAUAAACGAUGUUCAAAACCAAAAUGUAAAGUUGGAAAACGAACUCGCCAUAGUUAGAUCGACGAUUAAUUUGGAUACCGAAUCGGAAAUGUCAAUGACACAACAGCCCAUUAAUAAUGUGUCCACCGGAAGACCAAGGGCACAAUUUUUUAUCAAAUCUGGUCCAGUCGAAACAAAUCCACCACCCUGCAGCACUGAAAACGAUGACGAUGAAUCUUGUCACUUGGACAAUAUGGAAAGUUCUGUGAGUAUGAACUACAGCAAUCGGAAGUAA